AUGAUGUCAGCUAUCCCCAAGGAGAUUAUUAACUGGAGUAUCCUCAACGAAAUUGUUUCAAUGGAUGAAGACGAUCCUGAAUUUAGUAAAGGGUUAAUUAUCCAGUUUAUGGAACAGGCGCAAACAACUUUUGAUAAGAUGCAGACUAUUUUGCACACGACAAAGGACCUUGGUGAACUAGAUUCCCUAGGGCAUUUCUUGAAGGGAUCAUCAGCUGCGUUAGGUUUGCAGAGGAUCGCAUGGGUUUGUGAAAGAAUUCAAAAUUUAGGUAGAAAACAUGAAAAUUCUUUCCCCAGUAGUGAAGUAGUUAGAGCUUCAUUGUUUGGUAAUAAUAUGGAGCCAAGUAGUGCGGCAAGCGUUGAAAGUGAAAACAUGCCACAAUUGGAUGAUUCCGUCUAUUUGGGAUUAAUAGGUGAAGCCCUACAAGAGGCUAGAAAUGAAUUUCAACUGGCGAAGUUGGAAUUAUCCAAGUACUACGGUUCCCCAUUGUAA